GGCGAGCGCGGAGCGCGGGCGCCCCGGCUGUCAGUCAGGAGCGGCGGCGCGAGCGGAGGGAGGCGCCGCCGCGGCGCGAGCGUGUUGCCUCAGGGUACCGGGGGAGCCGCCGCGGAGCUCUGCCGCCUUCGCUCCCGGCCUCGCUGAGGCGCGGGUCGCGCUCCGGCGUGCGGCAGGUGUAGGGCGCGGGGGGGGAGAAGCGGCCGCGCCACCGCACACCCCCCUCCGCCCGGCGGCGAUGCCGGCAGUACAGAAAACGGUGUCCGAGAUCCGUUGCCGCGCAGAGGGCUAUGAGAAGACAGAUGAUGUUUCAGAGAAAACUUCUCUAGCUGAUCAAGAGGAACUGAGAACUAUAUUCAUCAAUCAGCCCCAGCUAACUAAAUUCUGCAAUAAUCAUGUCAGCACUGCAAAGUACAACAUAAUCACAUUCCUGCCAAGGUUCCUUUAUUCCCAGUUCAGAAGAGCUGCUAAUGCAUUUUUUCUUUUUAUUGCAUUACUUCAGCAAAUACCAGAUGUAUCACCAACAGGCCGUUACACAACAUUGGUCCCUCUCUUAUUUAUUUUAGCUGUAGCUGCAGUGAAGGAGAUAAUAGAGGAUAUUAAAAGGCAUAAAGCUGAUAAUGCGGUGAACAAGAAACAAACCCAAGUACUACGAAAUGGUGCAUGGGAGAUUGUCCACUGGGAAAAGGUGGCAGUAGGGGAAGUAGUGAAAGUGACCAAUGGGGAACAUCUCCCAGCUGAUCUCAUCAGUCUGUCAUCAAGUGAACCGCAAGCUAUGUGCUACAUCGAAACAUCUAACUUAGAUGGUGAGACAAACUUAAAAAUUCGACAGGGUUUGCCACUAACAUCAGACAUAAAGGAUAUAGAAAGCUUGAUGAGACUUUCAGGCAGAAUUGAAUGUGAGAGCCCAAACCGACAUCUCUAUGACUUUGUUGGAAACAUCAGACUGGAUGGGCAUGGUACUGUUCCAUUGGGGUCUGAUCAGAUUCUUCUACGCGGAGCUCAGUUGAGAAAUACUCAGUGGGUUCAUGGGAUAGUUGUCUAUACGGGACAUGACACAAAACUUAUGCAGAAUUCAACAAGUCCACCUCUUAAAAUGUCUAAUGUGGAACGGAUUACAAAUAUUCAGAUUUUGAUUCUGUUCUGCAUCCUUAUUGCCAUGUCUUUGAUCUGCUCUAUUGGUUCAGCUAUAUGGAAUCGAAGGCAUACUGGAAGAGACUGGUAUCUUGAUCUAAACUAUGGUGGAGCAAGCAACUUUGGAUUGAAUUUCUUGACUUUUAUCAUUCUCUUCAAUAAUCUUAUUCCAAUCAGUUUGUUGGUUACGCUUGAAGUUGUUAAAUUUAUCCAGGCAUAUUUCAUAAAUUGGGACAUAGACAUGCACUAUGAACCUACAGACACUGCUGCAAUGGCUCGUACUUCCAAUCUCAAUGAAGAACUUGGACAGGUCAAAUAUAUAUUUUCUGACAAAACGGGUACCCUGACAUGCAAUGUCAUGCAAUUUAAGAAGUGUACUGUAGCAGGAGUUGCUUACGGCCAUUGCCCUGAGCCUGAGGAUUAUAGUGUUCCUUCAGAUGAUUGGCAGGGCUCACAAAAUGGAGAAGAUAAAACAUUUAGUGACUCAUCAUUACUGGAGAAUCUUCAAAGCAAUCAUCCAACUGCACCUAUAAUAUGUGAGUUUUUGACGAUGAUGGCAGUGUGUCAUACAGCAGUUCCAGAAAGAGAAGGUGAUAAAAUCAUAUAUCAAGCAGCAUCUCCAGAUGAAGGAGCAUUGGUCAGAGCAGCCAGGCAUCUUCGUUUUGUAUUCACUGGAAGGACACCUGACUCAGUAAUCAUAGAGUCUUUGGGACAGGAAGAGAGAUAUGAACUGCUAAACGUGCUGGAAUUUACGAGCACUAGGAAGAGAAUGUCAGUGAUCGUUCGCACGCCAUCAGGAAAGUUAAGACUUUACUGCAAAGGAGCUGAUACUGUAAUUUAUGACCGUCUUGCUGAAAGUUCAAAAUACAAAGAAAUCACCUUAAAACAUCUAGAGCAGUUUGCUACAGAAGGCUUAAGAACUCUGUGUUUUGCCGUGGCUGAAAUUUCAGAAAGUGACUAUCAAGAGUGGUUAGACUGCUACCACCGUGCUUCUACAGCUAUACAGAACAGAGCGCUCAAACUUGAGGAGAGCUACGAACUAAUUGAAAAAAAUCUUCAGCUGCUUGGAGCAACAGCAAUUGAAGAUAAACUACAAGACAAAGUGCCUGAAACCAUAGAGACGCUCAUGAAAGCAGACAUAAAAAUUUGGAUACUUACUGGGGACAAACAAGAGACUGCCAUUAACAUUGGUCACUCCUGUAAACUUUUGCGAAAGAACAUGGGACUAAUUGUGAUAAAUGAAGGCUCUCUUGAUGGAACAAGAGAGACGCUUAGCCAUCAUUGCAGUACUCUUGGUGAUGCUUUGAGAAAGGAAAAUGAUUUUGCUCUCAUCAUUGAUGGUAAAUCUCUGAAGUAUGCUUUGACGUUUGGAGUGAGACAGUAUUUUCUGGAUUUGGCUUUAUCAUGUAAAGCUGUUAUUUGUUGCAGGGUAUCACCACUUCAAAAGUCUGAAGUUGUAGAAAUGGUUAAAAAACAAGUUAAGGUAGUAACUCUAGCGAUUGGUGAUGGAGCAAAUGAUGUUAGUAUGAUACAAACAGCACAUGUUGGUGUUGGUAUUAGUGGGAAUGAAGGUCUACAGGCUGCUAAUUCUUCAGACUACUCAAUUGCUCAGUUCAAGUAUUUGAAGAACUUGUUGUUGGUUCACGGAGCCUGGAAUUAUAACAGAGUAGCUAAAUGCAUCUUGUAUUGUUUCUACAAGAAUAUAGUCCUUUAUAUUAUCGAGAUCUGGUUUGCUUUUGUCAAUGGGUUUUCUGGACAAAUUCUUUUUGAAAGAUGGUGUAUUGGUCUCUACAACGUGAUGUUCACAGCAAUGCCUCCGCUAACUCUUGGAAUAUUUGAGAGAUCCUGUCGAAAAGAAAACAUGCUGAAAUAUCCAGAGUUAUACAAGACUUCCCAAAAUGCACUGGACUUUAAUACUAAGGUUUUCUGGGUUCAUUGUUUAAACGGCCUCUUCCACUCAUUCAUUCUAUUUUGGUUUCCACUAAAAGCCCUCCAGCACGGUACCGUAUUCGGCAAUGGUAAAACUUCAGAUUACCUGCUCCUGGGAAACACUGUGUACACUUUUGUGGUUCUGACUGUGUGUUUGAAGGCUGGACUAGAGACCUCAUAUUGGACUUUGUUCAGCCAUAUAGCUAUCUGGGGCAGCAUAGCACUUUGGGUAGUGUUUUUUGGGAUCUACUCUUCUUUGUGGCCAGUCAUUCCUAUGGCACCUGAUAUGUCAGGAGAGGCAGCUAUGCUGUUCAGCUCUGGAGUGUUUUGGAUGGGACUUCUAUGUAUUCCUAUGACAGCUUUACUUUUUGAUGUAGUGUACAAAGUAGUAAAGAGAGCUACUUUUAAGACACUGGUGGAUGAAGUUCAGGAGUUGGAAGCAAAGUCUGAGGAUCCUGGGGCAGUUGUGCAUGGCAAGAGCUUAACUGAAAGAGCCCAACUACUGAAGAAUGUUUUUAAGAAGAACCAUGUGAACUUGUAUCGCUCUGACUCUCUGCAGCAAAACUUGCUUCAUGGCUACGCCUUCUCUCAAGACGAAAAUGGAAUAGUUUCCCAGUCUGAAGUAAUAAGAGCUUACGAUACCACAAAACAACGGCCGGAGGAAUGGUGAAGGAACACGGCUCGAGAUUUAGGCCUUAUUAGUUACUUUUGUGAGACAGACUGCUAGAUCUUUGCUGGGACCUGCGACCAUGGCCCAGUUACCAGAGAUUUAAAGAUCUGUGAUGGUCUUGUUCCAUAAAGUUUGGAUUUGUGUAUUCAGUAGACAUAAGCACUGUGCAAUUAUACUGUAACACACCAUCUCUAAAUUUUUUAACGAGUAUUUGCUUAGCCUUUGUAAACAGAUUGGAAUUUACCUUGUAUGUUGCCAGCUUGCUUAUUUUACAAUGAAGUUGAAUCAAUAGUGGUCAUAUACUCAGAAGGCAAUGGUCAGAUCGCUAAACAUACUUUACAUUGGCAGGCCAUUAGCAUCUGUGAAGGUUUUCAAGUGUUAAUAUAUUUAAAUACAGUUGAUAACAAGCCUUUGAUUUCAACAAGUGCUGAAAAAAUAGUAUCUUACUGGUGUUAAUUCACCUUCUUUGAGAAAGAUUUUGAGUCAAGACGUUUAUAGAUGUUUGUGUCAAACUAACCUAAAAACGUUUGCCAAAGAAGUUCCAUAAAUGUUUUCUGUUGUUAGAAAUAAUUUGAAAGGAAAUUAACUCCAGUCCUGAUCUCAGAACUGCAUGCUUGAGUCUCCGCACUUGAGGAGAAACAUUUACAGUACAGUGAGUCUAAUUUGAGUGGCCUUUACGGCAUUUGCUUUCAAAACUGCAAGUCUUUGCACCUUUGGCCUUAUACAAGCUUUUCCCUUAUUUUCAUUUCGUAUUGCAUAUGUUGAAAAUGGCUGCCACCUUGUAAAAUUGAGUACACAUACUAUUUCGUUCAAUUUUUAAGAAUUGCUCUGCCUUACUUCCCUUUUGCAAACUCCAGUUAUUUUUGCGAUGCGUAGUUGUAUCUGCUUGUACUGUAGGUUCAAAAAGAAAGUUUGUUUUAACUUAUUUUAAAAUAAUUAAUUAAAUUUUCGACAUUUUUACACUAAAAUUAUUUGAAAUGCGUACGUUGAAAUAGAGAGCAAAGCAUGCCCUUCGCUAGUCUGUGGUAUGUACUGUUUUAUUUGCACUAAAGCCACUUCCUAUAAAGGUGUGAAAUACAUUGCAGCAGCCUCUUUACAACUUACUGGUCGUGCAGAAUACCAAUAUACCCUCUCCUCUAAUGAAAAAUGGAGAGGAAGUGACUGCAGAAAAAGAGACACACCUAGUUUAAGAAAAAAAAAAAAAAAGGAGGGAGGUGUUAAAUGAGAGCAUUGUGGUAACUUUUUUAAGUAGUUAUACUUGGUAUUU